CUGAGAUCUAAGUCCUCUUCUCCUGUGAGUGUGGAAGGCGGGAGAGGGAAGCAAGAGGAAGGAACAGGAGAGUGCUUCUUGGUCAGUUUCCAUCUCUUGCCUUCGAACUCAGUGCGCUUUCCCCGCCGGAAAGACGCCGGGUCAGGGCGCGCGAGUGCGCGCUGGUGGGGUCAGCGCGUCGGCAGGUGGGUAGUACCCGCGCGCGAAUUAGGGGAAGUUACCUUCCCCUCGGAAGAGGGCGCUGGCUCCCCCAACCUGCCUUUAUAAUAAGGCCGCGGGAGGAGAGGAAGCUGCCAGCUGCCGUCUGCGCUUUGCAAAGCAUGCAGUUAGGGGAGCAGCUCUUCGUGAGCUCGGUGAACCUGCCUAGCGCGCACUUCUACCCGCUGGAGAGUGCGCGAGGCGGCAGCGGCGGAAGCGCCGGAAGCGCUGGUCACCUCCCCGGCGCGGCUCCGUCACCUCAGAGGCUGGACUUAGACAAAGCGCCCAAGAAGUUCUCUGGCAACCUCUCGUGCGACGCGGGGAGCGGGGAGUCCGCAACCUCCAGCGCGGGGGCUCCCGCGGCCAUGCUCAGUGACGCCGACGCCGGGGACGCCUUCGCCAGCGCCGCUACAGUGGCCAAGCCAGGGCCCCCGGACGGCCGCAAGGGCUCCCCCUGCGGGGAGGAGGAGCUGCCCUCGGCCGCUGCCGCCGCCACCGCACGCUACUCCAUGGACAGCCUGAGCUCGGAGCGCUACUACCUCCAGUCCCCCGGGCCUCAGGGCUCAGAGCUGGCCGCGCCUUGCUCGCUCUUCCCGUACCAGGCGGCGGCGGGGGCGCCCCACGGAUCUGUGUACCCGGCUCCCAACGGGGCGCGCUACCCCUACGGCUCCAUGCUGCCCCCCGGCGGCUUCCCCACCGCUGUGUGCCCACCCGGGAGAGCUCAGUUUGGCCCGGGAGCCGGCGCAGGCAGUGGCGCGGGAAGCAGCAGCGGCGGGGGAGGCGGCCCGGGUGCCUAUCAGUACAGCCAGGGGACUCCGCUAUACGGGCCUUACCCUGGGGCGGCAGCGGCCGGUUCUUGCGGAGGAUUGGGAGGUUUGGGGGUUCCCGGUUCCGGCUUCCGCGCCCACGUCUACCUGUGCAACCGGCCUUUGUGGCUCAAAUUCCACCGCCACCAAACUGAGAUGAUUAUUACGAAACAGGGCAGGCGCAUGUUUCCUUUCUUGAGCUUCAAUAUAAACGGACUCAAUCCCACGGCCCACUACAACGUGUUCGUAGAGGUGGUGCUGGCAGACCCCAACCAUUGGCGCUUCCAGGGGGGCAAGUGGGUGACAUGCGGCAAAGCUGACAAUAACAUGCAGGGCAACAAAAUGUAUGUUCACCCAGAGUCUCCUAAUACUGGUUCCCACUGGAUGAGACAGGAGAUAUCCUUUGGGAAAUUAAAACUCACCAAUAACAAAGGCGCGAAUAACAACAACACCCAGAUGAUAGUCUUACAGUCUUUACACAAGUACCAACCACGACUCCACAUUGUCGAAGUUACAGAGGAUGGCGUGGAGGACUUGAACGAGCCCUCAAAGACCCAGACUUUUACCUUCUCAGAAACACAGUUCAUUGCAGUAACUGCCUACCAAAACACUGAUAUUACUCAACUAAAGAUUGAUCAUAACCCCUUUGCAAAAGGCUUCAGGGACAACUAUGAUUCCAUGUACACCGCUUCCGAAAAUGACAGGUUAACUCCAUCUCCCACGGAUUCUCCUAGAUCCCAUCAGAUUGUCCCUGGAGGUCGGUACGGCGUUCAAUCCUUCUUCCCGGAGCCCUUUGUCAACACUUUACCUCAAGCCCGAUACUAUAAUGGAGAGAGAACCGUGCCACAGACCAACGGUCUCCUUUCGCCCCAACAGAGCGAAGAGGUGGCCAACCCUCCCCAGCGAUGGCUUGUCACACCUGUUCAGCAACCUGGGACCAACAAACUAGACAUCGGUUCCUAUGAGUCCGAAUAUUCUUCCAGCACCUUGCUGCCAUAUGGCAUUAAAUCCUUACCCCUCCAGACAUCCCAUGCCCUGGGGUAUUACCCUGAUCCAACCUUCCCUGCAAUGGCAGGGUGGGGAGGUCGAAGUUCUUAUCAGAGGAAGAUGACAGCUGGACUACCAUGGACCUCCAGAACAAGCCCCCCUAUAUUCUCUGAAGAUCAACUCUCCAAGGAGAAGGUCAAAGAAGAAAUUACCUCUUCUUGGAUAGAGACACCCCCUUCCAUCAAGUCUCUUGAUUCCAAUGAUUCGGGCGUAUACACCAGUGCUUGUAAGCGAAGGCGGCUGUCUCCUAGCACCUCCAGUAAUGAAAAUUCUCCCUCCAUAAAGUGUGAGGACAUUAAUGCUGAAGAGUAUAGUAAAGACACCUCAAAAGGCAUGGGGGGAUAUUAUGCUUUUUACACAACUCCCUAAAGAAGUAUUUUAACCUCGUGAAAAUUAGCUACCUUUUUGCAGAUGGACUUGGUGGUGUUUUUUUUUGUUGUCUUUGCCUAGGUUGCCAAAAAGACAUUUGCCUUCCACCUUGAUGCAUCCCGUUUUGUGCAAUUCUCUAAAGAAGGUGCCAAAGCUUUUUGAUUGCUGCAGGUAACUGAAACAGACCUAGCAUUUCUUUUUCUUUUUAAAAUGAAGUUAAUGGAGGACUUUAAAAUGUUUCAAAAUUUGAAGGAUAUUCAAGGGUCCAGGUUUAUUUAUUGGAGACACUAAAUAUUCAGUGAAGCAGGGCUGUGAAGAUUGAGUGCCCAGCACUAUCAAAUGAGUUGAAAGCUUUGGUUCUCAUUACUAUUUGUAAAUCUUUAAGCAAAUAGAGGCCAGGAGUGCUGAGGUGUUUUGAGUCUGGAAAAGAAGGGCUGGGCCUUAAAGCUUCAACAGGGGACUUCUGCUAGGGACAAAAGAUGUUAGGCCUGGGAGUCAAGAAAAACCUUGGCGAAGGUGCUGGUUUUACCUGACUUAUUCCUCCCAGGCUUUCAGAACAAGCCAUGUUUGCCCUAGUUCAGGACUGUCUCACUUGAGAUGUGCUAGGCCUCUGCUGUGUGCUGGGAGCACUCAGGAAAGGGCAAGGGAGUGAGGGGGAGCAGCCAAAAAGAGAGAAUUUAAAACUGUACAGUUGUGUGUUUAGAUACACUGUAGAAUAAUGUGGAAUAUAUUGUACAAAUAGUCUACGUAGGUGUCCAGGAUAAUGUAAAAUUGGUGCUUUGGCUUUGUAAAGAAUUUGCAAAACACCUAACAGCUUGCUAGGGCAAGGGGAUAGUUUCUCUCAUCAUCCCGUAUGUGGGAAUAUUCUGUUUACUUCUUAGAUAGUUAAGAAUGUAUUCAGCUACCCUGUACUAACUUGAAACGUGUUUAAAGAAACCUGUUAAAGAAAACUCCUAUCUCAUCCUUCCUUUUCUAUCCCCCACUCUCCUCCACCUUGGUAAUGUGAAGAAACUAAAACUUUAUGCCACAGCUCCUAUAGGCUUUCUAGAGAUCUUGGGUUUUUAUGUACAGUCUUAAGUCAUUUUUAAUAAAUGUGGUUCAGUAUGGGAAUUGG